UGGACCGGAGCGCUGCGGGAUGGAGCCCGCAGGCCUCACCCUGAAGCUGCUGAUGGUCGGGGACAGCGGCGUGGGCAAGUCCAGCCUCCUGCGGAGGUUCACGGACGGCGCCUUCGAGCCGCGCCUCACACCCACCGUCGGUAUUGAUUUUAAAGUGAAGAAAAUGCUGGUGGAGGGCCGUGCAGUGCAGCUGGCCAUAUGGGAUACAGCAGGACAGGAGCGUUUCAGAACAGUGACUCCCAGUUACUACAGAGGAGCUCAAGGGGUUGUUUUAGUGUAUGAUGUUACAAGAAAAGGCACUUUCACAGGACUGGGAGGGUGGCUGAAUGAGCUGGAGAUGUACACCACACCCAGCAGCACUGUGAAGAUGUUGGUUGGCAAUAAAACUGAUAAGCCUGACCGUGAAGUGGAGAGAAAAGAAGGGCUGCAGCUGGCCAGGAAACACUCACUGCUUUUCAUAGAGACCAGUGCCAAGACACAGGAUGGAGUGCACCAUGCCUUUGAGGAGCUGGUGAUAAAGAUCCUGCAGACUCCAGAUCUCUGGGAUAAGGGCACAGGGAAGAAGGGAGUGCAGCUGCUGGAAUCUUCAGCACAGCAGCAUAAAGGGUUUUGUGCUGCCUACUGUGCACUUAUUUAAAUGCACAGCUGCCUGUUCUGCCUGACUGGAGGAAAAAUAAAUGGGGUGGGAUGGGAUUCCAAGCACCAAUCUGUGCCAUCAGUUGUGCAGAUCCAAACCACAACCUCAUUAACAAAAUGCAUUUUUUAUUCAUUAACAAAAUACAGUUUCUCCUUCCCUUUUGCACAACUGCUGCCUACAGGUAUUUUUCUGGUAGCUCUCAGAUUUUUCACUAUUAAAUCCUAGUGCUGCUAUGAGAAUUGUGCCUUUGCUGUAUGACAUUCAGCAUGGACUUUUGCUAGAAUUCCUGCCUCAGCAUGAAUUAAUUGGAAUCCAAUUCUGGAAUAUGAUUGAGAAGUUUCUCUUCCCUUGGAUGGCAUGGGAGGCUUUGAAGCACCCAAGUUACCUCCAUGUUGUUACUCAGCAGGAGUUGGAUCAGUGGCCACAGUUUCCUGAUUUUGGAUGGUUUUAAAAAGUCACAAUUGCUACGUGUCCCCAGACAGUGAGCUGAGUUCUGGUUAAUUAAAGCUGUUAAUUAAAGCUGUGAUGAAGAGGAUGUGUCCUGUAACACUUGUCAGGGAAAGUGCAGGACACUGUGGUCACUGCUGUUCUCUUUGCACUGAGGAUCAGGGAUGCACUCCUCAUUUUGGGCUCUGGUUUUGCAGUCACUGAGAGUCUCUGCAAACCCUUGUCCUCUGCCAGCAACCACAGAUAAAACUGGAGAUUUUAUCAGAGUUGAUAAAAACGUUAUCAGAAUUGAUAAAACUCAAUUUCACAGAAAAUGUGCUGCCUAUGGGAAACUUUGCACUUGGGUGAGUCUGUCACCAGCCCCACUAUGAAGUUACCCUUUUGUCUUUUACACUUUUAAUGGAAAUAUUGUAUUUUUGCUAACUUACUUACAUUAAAAUAACUGAAAAUUUCAGAUGUAA